AUGGCACUAGGAAUGACACGGUGGCAAGGCAUAGGAAUCGUGCUUCUAUUGGGAAUAUUACAGGCUUUUCUUGUUUCUGCUGUCGGCGAUAUUUGGUGGAGUCUUGCUGGAAAGUUUGAGUCCUGGAAGAAUCCACAGUUAUAUAUUCUUGGCUCUCAGCCCUUGUGUCCUAAGCUAAGGGGACUUUCCCCUGGGCAGGUAAGGCUGUGCCAGCUUUACCAGGAUCAUAUGCCCAGUGUGGGGAGGGGUGCCCAGCUUGGCAUUGCCGAGUGUCAAGUACAGUUUGGUCAUAGGCGGUGGAACUGCUCGACAAUCGAAGGAGACAACUCCGUCUUUGGACCUGUUUUAGAAAGAGCCAGUCGAGAAGCUGCAUUUACUCACGCUAUCUCGGCCGCUGGUGUGGUCCAUGCUGUGAGUCGGGCGUGUCGGGAGGGCGAGCUGUCUCGGUGUGGCUGUAGCAAGGCCAUGCGUCCUAAAGAACUCAAACGAGGUUGGAUUUGGGGCGGCUGUGGUGAUAAUAUAGAGUACGGGUACAAUUUCGCUAAAUACUUCGUGGAUGUACGAGAAAAGGAUAAAAACCAUAAACGUGGGUCGCGGGAAUUGGCCAGGAUGUUAAUGAAUCUUCAUAACAACGAAGCAGGCCGACGGGCUGUCUACAAUUAUGCGAAGGUAUCGUGUAAAUGUCACGGCGUUUCCGGUUCCUGUAGCGUGACAACAUGCUGGCAGCAGCUUCCAAGUUUCCGAGAGGUUGGAAACCGUCUUAAAGAUAGAUACGACGGAAGUUGUGAAGUUCGCUUUAACAGAAGGGGAACAAAAUUGAAGAGAAAAAUUCAGAGAUACAACAAACCAACAAAAGAAGAUAUUAUAUAUUUAGACGAAUCACCGGAUUACUGUAACGCUAACCGUACAACCGGAAGUUUAGGGACGGUAGGUCGUGAGUGUAACAGGAACUCAGUAGGCAUGGACGGAUGUGACCUUAUGUGUUGUGGUAGAGGCUACAACACAUUCAAACGAAGACUGGUAGAGCGGUGUCAUUGUAAGUUCUACUGGUGUUGCUACGUUAAGUGUAAAUCUUGUGAGCGAGAGAUCGAUGUACACACUUGUAAGUAA